AUGAAUUCAAGUGAACCACUCACUAUCCAGAUUGAACGUUCAGAAUCAGUAAAUAAUCAAUUACCAGAUUUAUUUCAAAACUCAAAUAUAUCGGAACAAUCUGCCACAGUUUCAUCACGACAAUCAUUAUCAUAUGACGAUGAAAUAACAAAAUUAAAAUUAGAAAUCGAACGGUUGAAAAAAGAAAAAAUAGAGAUAGAAGAAACCUCUAAAAUACAAUUUAUGAAAGAAUUUAGUUAUUAUGCAAGUAAUUUUCCAUUAUGUGGAGAACAAUUUCAAAGUGGAUUAGUUGAUCCAAGUAAUGGAAAUUUAUCAUUUGUUGUUUUAUAUCCCAAAAUAUUUGAAAUUGAACCAACACUUUUUGUAUUUAAAGCAACUAGUCAUGGAAAUGGUACAAAAAUAACAAACAGUAUAGUAGAUAGAACAAAUGAUGGUUUUACUAUUAAAUUAGAUAGACCAGCAGGAAAAGGAACUUUAUUUCUUUGGUUUGCAUAUACUCCAUUAAAAAACUCAAGAAAAGAAUUUACAGAGAUGACUAAAUUAUUCCAUGGAAGUGUUACACGAUCACAAAUAGAACAACCAAUGAUGGCGUAUGUUAGAAAAUAUGGACCAAAUGAUUCUGAUGAAAAUGGAAAAACAUUAUUACAUUAUUUUGAAAUGGUUAAUUGGUUAUUAGCAAAAGGUGCAUAUGUUAAUGCAGCAGAUAAAUUUAGAUAUACGCCAUUACACAUUGCAUUAUCAGGACAAACAAUUAAUGUAAAUGUAAUUAAUGCAUUAUUAGAUUCAGGUGCAGAUAAAAAAGCAAGAAAUGUUCAACAUAGAACUCCAUUACAUUACUUAUGUAGACAAACAAAUAUUGAACAAUUUUUACCAAUUUUAAAUAGAUUUUUACCAGAAGGAGAAAAUAAUAAAGAAUUUGUUAAUUUAAAAUCAAGUAAAGGAGAUACUGCUUUAAUUGCUUUAUGUAAUGCAUCUAUGAAUAUUGAUGCUAUGAAAAUUCUUUGUAAAAAUGAAGCAGAUGUAAAUGUUCAAACAAUGGCUGAAGAUUUCCCUUUAUAUUAUGCUAUUAAAAAAAGAAAUAAAGAUGCUGUAAGAAUUUUAUUACAACACCAUGCUCUUUUAAAUUUAACAUUUUAUGGAAAAGAUGUUAUUAAAAUAGCUGAAGAAUAUCACUUUGAAAUAGAAUUAAAAGAUAUAUUAAAUUCCUCAUUUUUAAUUGAUAAAAUGAGUGAAUUACAAAUAAGAAAGCUUCAAGAAACAUUUGAAACAAUAAAAUAUCCCCAAGAAAAAUGGCUUAAAAUUGUUAAUCCUGAUAAAACUGCUUUAAUUAAUAUCUCAACAUUUCCUGUUGGAUAUCAUUUAGAAAAUUAUUCAAAUUGUUGUAGUCAUAUUCAUAAAGAAUUAAAAUAUUAUAACACUCAUGAUCCUACUCUUUGUAUUAAAUAUUAUGAAAAAUAUUUUGAUUAUAAAAAACAUAUUAAUUAUAUAGUCCCUAUUCAAGGAGAUGUUUUUGUUGUUUCAAUGACUGAAAGUUUAUUAAAACCUUCUGCACUUAGUCCAAGAUUUACAAGAGAUUCUUUUGAUUUAUCUAUACCAAAACGAAAAGUAAUUAUUAGAAAUAAAAAAGGUGAUUUAAGAAAAGAAUAUCCUGGAAAUAUUACUGACAUUCAAAUAUUAAAAGAAUUGGGUUAUAAUGGAAAAACAUUAUCCCCAAUUCACUCUCGUACUUUAUAUACUUCAUUAACUAAAUUAGAAAAUCAAACAGUUUCAGAAAAAUUUAAAUUUGGAGUACUAUAUGGAACAAUGGGUCAACUUACAGAAAAUGAAUUUUAUAAUAACAAAGAAGCAAGUCCUUAUUUUGAACAAUUCUUAAAAUUAUUAGGAGAACCAAUUGAUAUGAAAACAUAUCCAGGAUAUUGUGGUGGAUUAAAUUGUAAUGGAUUUCCUUUUGGAACAGAAAUGAUUGUAUCUACUUUUAGUAAUGGACAAAUAGAAUGUGCCUUUCAUGUUUCUACGAUGUUACCUUUUAAUAUAAAAACUGAUCAACAAAUAGAAAGAAAAAAAAUUAUUCAAAAUGAUAUUUGUGUUAUUAUAUUUAAAGAAUAUAAUUCAAUUCCUGAACCUAUAGAUAUUACUUCUUUUAAAUCUCUAACAAAUCAUGCAUUUUUAAUUAUUGGAUAUGAUUUAAAUCAACCUUUUUCUUUAACACCAAAAUAUGAUAUUAAUUUAUGUGUUAAAAAUGAUGUUCCUCCUAUUCCUCCUUUUAUUACUCAAGAAAAAUAUCAUUACGAAUCUGCUUUACAUGACUUUUUACUUGCUAAACUUAUUAAUGCCGAUCGUCUUUCUCAAUCCACUUCAUUUUUUAGAGGAAAAUUCUUAACCAAUCGCCAAAAUCAAUUGGAGUCUAUUUGUUUAAAUGCGAAAGUUCAAUUCUAA